UUUCAGACAAAGAUGAAUCAAAAGCUGAAUCUUACCUAAGACAUCGGUCUUCUUUGAAACAAAUCCCAUCUGUUAUUCGUGUCUUGGCCAAAUCCAAAUCCCCUUGCUUUCACGUUGUUUCUUUAAUCCACUUCUUAUCCUUAAAGCAAAUUAAUCAAUAAAAAGCAACGAAUCCCCUCUCUUUCUUUUGCAAGCCAAUUCAUCAAACCCUCUCCAUUUCUCCUUCAACUCAAUUCCCAUCUACAGCUCAUGGACGAAUCCCCAAAAGAUUUCCCGGGAAGCGCAAACAGAAGAACCAGUUUCAAUUCUUCAUCAACCACAAGCGUCCACGUCACGGCUUUGGAUGGGAUUGUCAACGUCAACUCUCUCUUUACGAUCGCUGUGUUUGUGGGGCUUUCACUGACAACGCCGGGCCAACAGAGCCUGGAGACCACGUCAGCAUGCGAUGCGAGCAUAGAGGUUGCCAGAAAUCUUCUAGUGUUUGAGGUUGUGUCCUUCAGCUUCUUUCUCUUCUCGUCUUUAGUGGCUCAAGGUUUGAAACUGGCUCUUAACUUGAUCAAUAGUAAGAAUGUGGAUGAAGCCUUUAGAGCCCACAUUAAUCUAAAGGUUUUGAGGUUUGGGAUGAUGGCUUCAGCAACUGGGUCGGUGAUGGGUUGCUUGUUUCUGAUGCUUUCAAUUGUUAAUGUUAUUCAGAUCCGGUUGGGGACAUUGGGUUGUGGGAGUAAAUCUACCAUUCAUGCUGUUUCUGCUUUGUUUGUUUUGGUUUCUUCUGCUCUUAUUGUUUAUAUUUCCACUGUUGUUUAUGCUUUUUUGCACUAGAAAGGUUUUUUAUUUAUGUUGUGUAAGUUUAUCUCUGUGGGAUUUUGUAAUUGUAAUAUAAAGAUUGAUAGCUAGUCUAGCUGCCUCAAUACAAUUGAAAUUUUGAUGGUCU